UUGCACCAGGUGCUAGAUUUAAGUCCUUAUCUUUCCAGAUUAAUAGUCGUUGAACUAAUCAAUGAUUUUUAAAUAGAGCUCCUUGGAUUCUUGGUGCAUUUUAAGAUAAACCUCAUCGGUAUAUGCUAUUUGUAGAUGACAUUGUGUUAAUUGAUGAUAGUAUAAUUAGAUUAAAUUCAAAGUUGAAUUGUUGAGGAAACUAUAUAAACUAAAGGGUUUAAGAUAAUUAGAAGAAAAACUGCACACGUGUAAUGUUAUUCAUUGAUGGAAUAGUUAAGAUGGAUGAACAUAAAAUCCAUCGAAGUGUUUUCUACAUCUCAAGUCUAUUAUUUAACAAGGGAAUGAAGAUAUAAUAAUAGGAUAAAGAAUGAAUGGUUAAAAGGAAGAGGAGAUUGUGGAGUUUUAUGUGAUUGUCAUGCCUCCCUUUGACUAAAAGAAAAAAUUUCAAGUCUGUGGCAGUGUGUUAUGACCCAUCAAGUUUUAUACAUUGGAAUGCUGGUUUGGUAGGAAAUAGCAUACAAUAAAUUAAUGUAAUAGAAAUGAGAAUGCUUAGAUGAAUGAGUGAUGAAGACAAUGACUUGUUUCAUUUAUUUUCUGAUAUAAGAGUUCAUUUUUAAGGCCAACUUAAGAUUUUUUUAAUUAUAAUGUUUUACUUCAUUUGCUACUAACGAUAAUUUGUUGCAAUAGUUAAUAGGAGUGACAAUUGAUCAUUUGCAGAAUCAUGAGCGCUGGCGGUUAUACAGUGCAAGUCAUAAACCUCUCUCCUGCUGCAACUGAAAGAGAUUUAUAUGAUUUCUUUUCUUUUUCGGGUGCUGUUGAACACAUUGAGAUCAUAAGAUCUGAGGACCAUCCUUCUACUGCAUAUGUAACUUUCAAGGAGAUUCACGCCUUGCAAACUGCUGUCCUUCUAAGUGGCGCUACAAUCAUUGAUCAGCCCGUAUGUAUAACAAGCCUUGGACAUUAUGAUGAAGCAUGUAGUUUCUGGGACCAGCCAUCGUGGAAAGUGGAAGACGAUACUGAGUUCUCGACAGCUCGUGGGGAUCACUUCAGGACUACUCCAAGGGAAGCUGUGACUAUGGCUCAGGAUGUUGUUGUAAGAAUGCUGUCGACGGGUUACCAACUAAGCAAAGAUGCCUUAUCGAGGGCCAGAGCUUUCGAUGAAUCCCAUCAGGUUUCAGCCACUGCAGCAGCGAAAGUUGCUGAUCUGAGCAAAAGAGUUGGACUAACUGACACAAUUUAUGCUGGUGUUGAUGCUGUGCGAUCCGUCGACGAAAGGUACCAUGUAUCUGAGACGACGAGGACAGUUGUAAGUGCAACAGGCAGAACGGCAGCGGCUGUCACAAACACUGUCGUGAGCAGUAGCUAUUUCUCUGCAGGAGCUUUGUUAGUUUCAGAUGUUCUCAACCGAGCUGCCAAGGCAGCAGCAGACUUAGCCAAACAUGGAAAUCAAAAGUGAAACAUGAUGUUUAGUGAGUGUGAAAACGGGUUUAUGUGUUCAUAACCUGCUCAAUGUAUAACUUGUAUCAUGGCUGGUCGCUUUGAUCAGUAGAGUUCGUAAGCGAAAUAAGUCGGCGUUGUCAAUUGUUAUUGCUGUAUCAUGUUACAUCAUACAUGUGUGUGUUUGGAUAGUGAAUUUGAUGCUUUUAAGGAACCUUCUACCGUAUGUAAAUCUCCAAUGGAGAAGUCCUCCAUAGAAAAUGUCAGAUUCUCAUGGCUGUUUUGUGCCUAUUUGUUCA